GGAGUAAAGGAAAACAAAGCCCGUAAAGAAACCUCAUUAGUACCCAGGGAGGUUUGAGUUAUGGGUGGAUCAAGCAAUGCUGUGCCUAUUGUGAGCAAGAACUUUUGUUCCUCUUCUCUGAUAUCUUUGAUGGUUAGGAAAAGGCCUCACGUUGUUAAUGGUGGCGGUUUUGUGGUCACUAAUUGUAGUCAGAAUGUGGCAUUUGUGGUAGAUGGUUGUGGCACCCUUGGUGCCAAGGGAGAGUUGAUGGUGAAGGAUGGUGAUGGAGAACCUAUUCUCUUCAUUCGUAAGAAGGGAGGCAUUCUUCAAGCUCUAAGCACUCGCAACAAAUGGAAUGGAUACUCGACGGAUUACGAAGGAGCCAACAAGUUAAUCUUCAGCGUAACCGAUCCGAAGUCAUGCUUUGCAGGGAACAAAGCAACUAGGAUUCGAGUUGAUCCGAAGGGCCACAGCAGAGAUCUGGACUUUGAGGUUAAUGGGUCUUUUGCGGAUAAAGCUUGCACCAUCAGAGAUUGCAGAGGGAACAUUGCGGCGCAGGUCGGGGUGAAUGAGUGGAUUGGCAGCAAGGACUUCUACCAUGUGGUUGUGCAGCCAGGCUAUGACCAAGCCUUUGUUGUUGGGGUGAUUGCAAUUCUUGACAAUAUACAUGGGGAGUCCACCAGGUGUUGAUGGAGAUAAAAGGAAUUAGUUGUUCUUUCUUGAGAGAGAGAAGAAAUCUGCUGUUGUUCCCUCUUGUUAAUUUAGUUGAUAGUGUACCUUCUCUUUCCUUCGAGUAAAAAGUCAAAAAGCCAGAAAAAAGAAAAAGGGCAAGAAGAAUGACUUACAAUAUUUCCAUGCAUGCUUCCUUUCACUUUUGCUAUUUUACGAGGCUGACUUUAAUGUUAAUUUGUACUAGAUUGCUUAAAAGCCAUGAAUCUUUAGCUGUUAA